AUGGCAAACCUUGAAGUGAUCCACACCAAUGAUCCAUGGAAACUUAAUCUAUUGACUCAAGAGCGCCGUACUAUAAUUGCAGAAGAGACAGUCAGCCAAAGUAAGUAAAAUACCCCCCCCCCUAAAGUGCUAAGAAACUAUAAGAGAAAACCUGGUCUCAUUCACCCACUGCAAGCUAGGCUCUCGCGUUCCCAUGAACACCAGUAUGAUGGGCACUACUGCCUCACUACUGCCGCUUCGGGGGAUAAAAGGCAAACUAGCAGACCCCAACUCCUCCUACACCCAUUACAAGCAAGUAAACGUUAACAAUCGGUAGCCAGAUUAAACCUCCCCCCUAUGUGGGCCUAGCAGUGGAUCAGAAGCUAUCCCACCAAUCGCGGAACAGGGGGCUUUUCGUGAAUUACACCCCUUCGACAGGCCGAUGGGCCAAAGCACCCUUUCCACGUGCUCUUUGGAAGUUCUGUAUUCCGCCAGUGCAGUGAGGAUCAACUACUACAUUCAGCUCUAUGCCCUUGGGGAUAGGGAAGAAUACAUUGUAACACCCCCAAGCCCUGGCUCCGAGAAGGUGCCGGAGCAAGAGGAAACCAAAGACAUCCCCUCUCGGCGACCUAGCAAAGCUAGAAAUACAGUCAAAGGGAUUCUAACAGCAAAGGAAGCUCGUCUCGCCAUAGAACGAAGCAGACGGAAUAAUAGUUUCCAACCACGGAUACCGUGA